GGAGAAGUUGGACAAACGUAUGGAGGAGAGGCGGGAGAUGGUGAAGAAGCGAAUCGCCGAAACCCCCACCGAACUGCGGACGCAGCUGAAUGAAGCCGACGAGCGAAGACGGGACAUUAUUGCCAAAAGAUCCCGGAAAUUGGCCAAUCAGGCAGCUAGGAAGGAAAUGAAGAAGCCAUCACGUGCCAAGUCCACCGCUUUCUUCAUCAAACCGGCAAUGAGCGAGUCGGAUGUGAUCACUACUCGGGAGAGCAGGAAGAGAACCGCUAUGGAGGCCCGCAUGGAGAAGCGUCGGGCCCGAGUGGCGAAGAAGACCACAGUGGAGGCGCUGGAGGCACGUCAGACAGAUGCCGAGAAGGUGCGAGCCACCGUGGACAAGGCGAAGCGUUUCGGCCGCCCCGCCAGCCCCGUGUGGAUGGAGCCUGCAGGCCGCCCCGCCAGCCCCGUGUGGAUGGAGCCAGCAGGCCGCCCCGCCAGCCCCGUGUGGAUGGAGCCAGCAGGUAAACUCGGCAAGGAGGAGCGCCGGGAGACGAACGAGAAGGGAGAGUAA